UUGUCCGCUGUGCAGGCUACCGUGCUGCUGCAGGGAGGGAGGAAACGCCAAUAAAUCCAGCCGGAACGUGGGAAUCUCAAAUUUUAAAGCGUGUGCCUCUAUGAUCCUGCUACAGCCAAGCAUACCCCACCCAACUUUCACUAGGUAAGAUUUAAAGAAUGGCGGAGCCAAACCGGCCUCAGAGGAAGAUGUCCACCACGGGGGACAGCCUGUACAAGGUACUAGGCCUGGAGAAGGGGGCGACAGCCGAGGACAUCAAAAAAGCUUACAGGAAACUUGCGCUGAAAUAUCACCCGGACAAAAACCCCGACAACCCGGAGGCGGCCGAGAAGUUCAAAGAGAUCAACAACGCCAACUCCAUCCUGAACGAUGACACCAAGCGGAAGAUCUACGACGAGUAUGGCUCCAUGGGCCUCUACGUGUCAGAGCAGUUCGGGGAGGAGAGUGUCAAGUACUACUUCCUCAUGUCCAAGUGGUGGUUCAAGACGCUGGUUCUGUGCUGCGGGGUGUUCACCUGCUGCUGCUGCUGUUGCUGCUGCUGUUUCUGCUGCGGCAAGUGCAAGCCUCCCGAGGAGGACGAGAACUACCAGUACGUGGACCCGGAGGACCUGGAGGCCCAGAUCAAGGCCGAGCAGGACGGAGCAGGUGACGUCAUAGUAAUCGAGCAGCCCGCCUCGAGCCCGGUCCCCGAAAACCCGGGCGAGACCCUCCCGGAGUCCAAAUGACUCGUCCCAACGCCCCCAUUGUGAUCCAGCCACAUUCCACAGCCAGCACCUCCGACUCCACCUAGAUUUCGGCCGGCCAGCCAAUCCACUCGCCCCCGCAGUGAGGUGGACACUGUGAAACCCAACCCCCCGGACACGCCCCCUGCGGCCACGCGUCAUCAGCACGCCGGCCAAUCGCAGCGCCCCCCUCCCCACCCCCCACCCAAUCAUCAGUGAUGUGGUUCAUUUUAUUUGUGAAUGAAGGGCAGUUUUGCCGGUCCUGGUUUUGUAAAUGAGGGGGUUCAUGCCACAGUCUCCUGCGCCCCCCCCCUGCCACCCACCCCCCGGGACCCCCUACAGUGAUGUCACCCUGGCGGACCAAUGCGGCGGGCCGAUGGACUCGUGUCGGCCCUGCUGGGUGGGGUGUGUCUGUAGGCCCCACCCCAGGCCCUGACCCCUGCUCAGUGGGUGUGAAAACUCUUCAUGUGCAUGUUUACGAUUCUGCAUGUGACUGCUGUACAGAACCGGCCCCUCUCUCAUUUACACACACACACACACACACACACACACACUUACACUAGUGCACACACACACACACACUUACACUAGUGCACACACAUAUGUACACACUCUCUCACACACAGACACACAGACAUGCACGCAUACAUACACAUGCGUACACACAUACCUGUCCACCUGCACACACACACACACACACACACACACAGUAUCAGCGUGUCUGCCCUCUGGACUCUGAGUGGCUGGGUUAUCCACUACAGCCUGCUAAUUACCCCGGCUGUGGACUUGUGUUCUAGUGGAAGGAAUAGUUACCUACGCCUGUCCCCACCCUCCUGAAACUGGCCCGACCGCUCUGAAAACACCACCCAGGCACCGGAACGGAACCGAUCAGCAUCAUGAACCAAGCCUGCUAACCUGCGCCUCUGCUUCUUUCUCUAAGCGUUUGAACCACACUGAUUUCCCUUUCACUGUAGGACCUGAGUUUUGUGUGUAUUCAGUGCAUAUUCAGUGCAUAUUCAGUGCAUAUUCAGUGCAUAUUCAGUGCAUAUUCACUGGGUGUCCCCUCCAUAAGGUGAUGAUAUUGAGGAUGGGCGUGCCGGUGUUAAGAGUAGCAGUGUGUGGGUAGCGGGUGGCGGUGACACACCCGACCUCUGUGUGCCGCAAGAACGCCACGUCCACCAAAAUGUAUCCGUGCCGCCCGGCUGAAUCCGGCCUUGCGAUCCCGCGACAGGUACGCUGCAGACCUGGGUAAAAUACGUCAUUGUUUUUGAUUCUAAUAUUUUUCAACGCUUUACUGCGCUUGUCUGCUGUAUUGAAGCAUAUAAAAUACUGCAAACCCCACUUUCUGGUCCUCUUGGUUGGCUCAAUUGUACCAGGCAAGAUCAGUCGAGCACAGAAAAGUAUUUGAAUCCAGGUCUGGUACGCUGUGCUUUGCCAAAUGAGAGCACACUCCUCUGCUGCUUGUGAUGCCAAAAAAAAAAAAAGAUAUCCAACGGCGUCAUGGCUGAAAUUCCUUUUUAAUUGUAAUUUUAUUUUAAAGAUGAUUGUUUUCAAAUUCAGGGGAAAUUAUGUUGGCAUCGCAGUGUGCCGUAGGGACAGUGCUGUGAGCUGUGGCCAUAGUGUCACAGUGAGACCAAAUUUUAAACCGCACAGAGCCAGCUAAGUCCCCAGCUUAACGCAUCUGCUCUGGUUUUAUUAAAGGUUAUCUGGGUACCCCCGUGGUUGGCCAAUCCGCUCCCCGCCCCUGUUUGUACUACAGCAUAGCGGCCAAUAGGAAAUAGGACCUUGUGGGCUCCGGCAUCGUGGAAUGUGGUUACUGUACUGUGACUGAAUGCUAAACACCGUUGUGUGUUGCGCUAAAUGUUGUGCUUGGAGAGUAUGUAUGUUGUGAAGAUGUGUUGGCUGUGUUGCUCCUCACCAAACGUUAUUAAAAUAAGGGGGG